AUGUCAUCCGCAACGAAGGAGAUCCUCGGCCGCGUGCGGCAACUUGUCCCGCCUAUGCUGGAUAAGUUCCACAAGGGGCAGCAGGGCCGUAUAGGUGUCAUCGGUGGCAGUGAGGACUACACAGGGGCGCCUUACUUCUCGGCAAUGGCCAGCGCACGGCUAGGAUGUGACAUGUCCCACGUGAUCUGCACGCCCGGCGCCGCGGCCGUGAUCAAGACGUACUCGCCCAACCUGAUGGUGCACCCCCUGAUGCGGCAGAGUCCCAGCCCGCAGUCGUCGGACGAGUCGGCCUCGAGCGAGCCCGCGGACAAGGUGGCCUCGCGCAUCAUCGACAUGCUGCCGCGGAUCCACGUGCUGGUCAUCGGCCCGGGGCUGGGCCGCGACCCGCUGAUGCAGGACACGGUGGCCAAGGUGGUGGAGGCGGCGAGGGGGCAGAACACGCCCGUGGUCCUGGACGCGGACGCGCUGCAGGUCGUGCAGAAGAACCCGGACCUCGUGAGGGGGUGGAAGCUCGCCGUGCUGACGCCCAACGUCGUCGAGUUCGGCCGCCUUUGCAAGGCGCUCGGUAUCGAGGAGGAGGUGAAGAAGGCGACUGAGAAGGCGGGUGGCGGGGAGGAGAAGGAGACGGCGAGGGUGGAGGCGCUCGCGCGGGCGCUUGGUGGUGUGACGAUUGUCCAGAAGGGGUUCCAUGACUUCAUUACUGAUGGCGAGACCACUCUCACGGUCGACCUGCAGGGCGGCAAGAAGAGGAGCGGCGGGCAGGGUGAUACGCUGACCGGGAGCAUCGCGACGUUCCUCGGGUGGAGGACGGCGUACCUGGACGGGCUAUGGGACCACGGCGGGAAGCUGAAUGAGAAGGAGCUUGUGCAGCUGGCGGCUUUCGGCGGCGCUGCUAUUACGAGGGAGUGCUCCAGGCUCGCCUUCAACACGAAGGGCCGCAGCCUGCAGGCCAGCGACCUGACGGAUGAGGUACACACGGCUUUCCUCAACAUCUUUGGUCAGGAGGACCCGGAUGCUGGCGGAGCUAAGCUGUAG